UGUAACUCAAUAUCUUCGUCGCGGUCGAGUUAAUUGUAUGGAUGAAGAAGGUAUUCAUCCAAUAUUUGUUAAUGUUAAUAUGCAUACUGGACAAUUAGCAACAACAUGGAUUGAUGCAUUACAAGCAUCAUUUUCAGCUGUACAAGUUUUACGUGGUGAUAUUGAUGAAGCUAUUUGUUUACAUGCACUUUAUUAUUCAAUAUGGAGAAAAUUUGGUGUUUUACCUGAACGUUUUAAUUGGCAAAUAAAAAUGCCUGAUGUUUUAUUUUAUCCAUUAAGACCAGAAUUUAUUGAAUCAACAUAUUUUUUAUAUCAAGCAACUAAAAAUCCAUUUUAUUUACAUGUUGGUAGAGAUAUUUUAGAUAAUUUAAAUCUUUAUACAAAAGUCGAAUGUGGUUUUGCUACUGUACAUGAUGUUCGUGAUAAAACACUUGAAGAUCGUAUGGAAUCAUUUUUUCUUAGUGAAACAUGUAAAUAUUUAUAUUUAUUAUUUGAUGAAGAUAAUUAUUUAAAUCAACAUGGUGCAAAUCAUUAUAUAUUUACAACUGAAGCACAUAUUAUUCCAUUAAUGGCAAAAUUACGUCAAAAAGUUUGGAAUUUAAAUGAAAUGACGUCAUAUAUUGAAAAUUCAAUUAAUAAACAAAUAUAUACAAAUGAAAAUGAAUUAAUUAAUAUUAAUAGAGAUAUAAUUAAAGUUGAAAGAAAUAUUAUUUCAAUUAAGAAAAAAACAGUUAAUGAAACAAGUUGUCGAUCUCGUCCAAUAUCUUAUCAACAUCAAUUACCACUUAGUGCCAAUCUACUCUAUCAACUUGAUGAAAUGGUUGGUGUUAUAACUUCUCAACCAUAA